UUCAAGAGACGAUCCACCAGAACCUGCUAAUAUGGCGAUCCAGACCACCAUGGCACCGCCCCGGAAGGCCCAGCCGGGGGCGGCGAAGUCCAGCCUGGUCCAGGCCAGCGUCACGGCCAUGCAGAGCCCCUCGGCGGCCGCCGGCGACGCCAAGGCCAACGGCCACUGCCCCCUGCCGCGCCUCUCCAUCUCCUCGCGCUCGGCCAGCGUGGUGGCCAGCAUGGACGCCGGCUACGAGGGGGCGGAGGCGGCGCUCCACUCGGUGAUGAAGUGGAAGACGGUGCUGGGCGUGUUCGUGGUGGUCCUGCUCUACCUGGUGUGCGGGGGGCUGGCCUUCAGGGCCCUGGAGCAGCCGUUCGAGAGCCACCAGAAGGACAGCAUCACCCACGAGAAGUCGGAUUUCCUCAAAAAGCACUCCUGCGUGACCCCCGACGAGCUGGAGGCCCUCAUCCAGCAUUCUAUAGACGCUGUGAAUGCCGGAGUGAGUCCCAUCGGAGACACGUCCUACAAUUCUAGUUACUGGGACCUUGGCAGUGCCUUCUUCUUUGCCGGGACCGUCAUCACAACCAUAGGCUAUGGGAAUAUCGCACCGAGCACAGAAGGUGGGAAGAUAUUCUGUAUCCUGUACGCCAUCUUCGGCAUCCCACUGUUUGGGUUCCUGCUGGCCGGGGUCGGAGACCAGCUGGGCACUAUCUUUGUUAAAAGUAUCUUGAGAGUCGAGAAGAUCUUCAGGCAAAAACACAAGCAGAUCACCCAGAUGAAGAUCAGGGUGGUUUCCACCAUCCUCUUCAUCCUGGCCGGCUGCAUCGUCUUCGUCACCAUACCUGCUGUAAUCUUCAAACACAUUGAGGGCUGGAGCACCCUGGAGUCCCUCUACUUUGUUGUCAUCACCCUCACCACCAUCGGAAUAGGAGACUAUGUCGCAGGCGGAGACCGGAGGAUCCAGUACAAGCCUUGGUACAAGCCUCUGGUGUGGUUCUGGAUCCUGGUUGGCCUGGCUUAUUUCGCCGCUGUUCUCAGCAUGAUCGGGGACUGGCUGCGAGUGCUGUCCAAAAAAACCAAGGAGGAGGUGGGUUCAGUGGGGGAGAUCAAGGCUCACGCCGUGGAGUGGAAGGCCAACGUGCGCGCCGAGUUCCGGGAGACGCGGCGGCGGCUGAGCGUGGAGAUCCACGACAAGCUGCAGCGCGCCGCCACCAUCCGCAGCAUGGAGCGGCGGCGCCUGGGCCUGGAGCAGCGCGCCCAGUCCCUGGACAUGCUGUCCCCCGAGCGACGGGCCGUGUUCACCAGCCUGGACGGCGGCCGCUUCAAGACGUCCUCCCAGGAGAGCAUCGACACCAAGCUCCACAACCUGCGGCUGAAGGCCAGCUGUUCGUCGUCGUCCUCCCCUUCGUCGUCGGAGGAGAACCUGUUUGGCCUGCGCUUCGGCUCGCUCACCAAGCUGGUGAAGCGCCCGCGCCACUGCGAGCCCAAGAGGGUCAUCCCGGAGGACGUGCGGCGCAUGUGCGAGGCCAUGAGCGAGGGAGGGGGCGAGGGGAGAGGGGGAGCCAUGCUGGGGGAGGAGGAGCAGAGGCUGGAGGAGGAGGGGGAGGACAGGGGGGAGGAGGAGGAGGAAGAGGAG